AUUCAAAUCAUGGCUGCUUUAUAGACUAUUAUUAAUGUUUAAAGCUAUUAAGUUAAUGUUAAUGAAUAAUACUGGUAUUUAUCUAUUGCUUGAACCGUUAGUAAGCAUUUAGUUGCAAUCAAACGCAUGCGGGACUGGUGUUUUGGUUUUGGAGUGUUUCUAAAUCUAAAUAAAUUUGAAUAACUUAAAUAAAUAGCAAAAAUGACUAUUGAUAGUCAAAAUAAUUGGAUAUUCACAUGGUUUAUAAUAACAUCUACAUUAAUUUCCAUCUCAUAUUCAGCAGAAGAGUCUAAAACGGAAAAACCCCUGACACUGGAAAAAAAGGACGAAAUUACACCUGAUGUUAACUCAAGAUUUUUUGAUCUUAGUGGACUUUUUAACCAACUAAAUCCCAACUUUAAUCAAAGACCCGGCGGGAAUACGGGGCCUAAUUUACAGUCACCUUACCAGUUUUACCCUAGUGGUGCUCAGAAUGGCGGAUUUCAACAGAAUCCUAAUCAAGGAAACUUUAACCCUAUGCAAAACCAAGGUUUUAACCCUCAGUUACCUAAUAACCCUAAUCAAUGGCAAGGAUCAGAGUACCCUAAUCAAGGAAGUUUCCAGAACCCUCAAUUAAAUGGAAAUAAUCCAAAUCAGCAAAUGGGUAAUACGAGACCGGAUAUGAAUAAUAAGGGGCCAAGUCAAUUUCCAAGUCAAGUACAAGGAAAUAUUCUACCACCAGUAUCUGCCGGUCUCCAUACUCAAGUUCAACCAAACCAGUGGGAUCAGCAACAAUAUUUGAACCAACAGCGUCCAAUACAAGAUCCGGAUUAUGAACAAAAUCAAUAUCCUAAUCAGAUGUAUCAACGCCCUUUUAAUAACCCUGGGUUCAAUAACUUUCCGAAUGGAAAUGAACAGAAUAAUGGGUAUCAAAAUAUUCCGGGACAACAAAGGCCUAAUUUUAAUCAGCAAGCGUCUCAAUAUCCUAAUGGGGGUCAGGGCUUUCAGAAUCCUUCACAGGCUGGCUUGAAUCAGGGUCAACAACAGGGACUUAUUUUUAAUCAACAAAGACCUAAUCAGUACCCAAAUUCAGGUAAUUUAAACAGUGGUGGAACAUUAGACGAUAUAGAACCUCAAUACAAUGGAUCUCAGAAUGCGAUUUUGGGUAGACCCGUACAAAUACCGUCUAGUACAUUCUCACCGGAUCAAAUAUAUUUCGAAGACAGUACUGAAAGCCCGUCGCAGAGGCAAUGUGUGCAGGACUGUCCGGCCACACCUGAAUACCAACCAGGGUCUAUGUUUUGAGGGACGGAGUAUGCACACCACGACCGAUGUGAUUACAUGCUGUAAAGGUAUUUGCAGCUACAUACUAGAAA